UGUCGAAUUGUGUUGUGCUUGUCAAAACAAGUACGGAACGAAAAUUUCUUCUCCGAUGUCGCGAUAAACAGUUCUGCCGAGUCUCGUUCGUUCCGAUUAUUUUUAAGUACUGUUAAGGGUGGCGGACUUUAUUAAAAGCAUAGUUGGUCCCAUAAAUCUGGAGUGCACGCGUUGUAUGCCCAUCGUAGCAGACACAUGCGAUGGAUGAAGAUCUGAUUGAAUAUGCACCCAACAUUCCGGAUAAUGUUUUGGAGCUAAUAUUCUCCUACCUGAAGCUGCAGGAUUUACGCAAUUGUGCGUUGGUGUGUAAAAACUGGUACCGGUUUUUGUGUGACGAAAACAAUGAAGUAUGGCGGGCGCAAUGCUUGCAAAAAGUACCGACGGAAGCGUUCAAAAAUGAUCUGCUUUCGGUAGUGCCAUCGUACAAAGCGAAGCUGCGUGCAUUUUUCCAUGCAUGGAAUCCUUUCGACUGCAGCCGGCAUGUGUACAUCAAACCAAAUGGUUUUACACUGCAUCGCAAUCCUGUGGCACAGAGUACUGAUGGGUCCAGGGGAAAAAUAGGGUUCAAACAUGGUAGGCAUGCUUGGGAGGUACGGUGGGAAGGUCCCCUUGGAACGGUAGCGGUCGUUGGAAUUGCGACCAAGGAUGCAGCUAUUCAAUGUCACGGAUACUAUGCGUUGCUUGGUGCUGACGACCAAAGCUGGGGCUGGAAUCUAGUGGACAAUCUCUUGCUUCAUAACGGAGAUGCUCAUGGAAUAUAUCCUUUGCUGAAUAAUGCCCCAAAGUAUAAGUUGCUGGCAUUUACAACAGCUCCAGAUCCAUUCGGGAAACCCUAUACCGCACUGAUCGUAGUCCUCUGUCAUUUACUUAUUGAUUGUGCACGCUGGUACGAGCCCGGCGAACAAAAGAGAAGGCUAGACCUGCCAACCAAACAACGGGGGUAAACCUUUGAAAUCACAUAAAUAAAAACAUCAAAUUGCGUCACACUCUCGUCAAACGGUAGUCAACGAGCAGCAGCUAGCGAAGCGAGAAAAUAAUGAAGAUAUCAAUCCCUUCGGGGGGAACCGAACACCACAACGCGGGCGAUCCGACAGGAGCAAGCGCUAGAUGAAAGAAUAUACACCCUUACACAAUUGUAACGUCGCUUGGCUGGCCUCACUUGUUACUUACAAGGAACAGAACGCUGUACCAAGCGCAAUCUGCCAGUUUGUUUCACGCUUUGCUGACCAUGCUGGGCCAAACCGAACCUGCAGACGCGCUUAGCUCUGAUCCAUCGAUCGGUGAAGACGUUCCAAUUGUUUGAUGCGGCUCGUUGCAUCAACGCAAUCAACCAACGAACAAAGGCCAUCGAACGAAGCUUUCAACAUCGGCGAGUGUGCUUAUGCUUAUCGUGUUGUCACUAUCGCACUACUUUUACACUUUUAAUUUUUGAAUAUUAGAUAUUCAGCCCUCAACCUACAAGCGUAGCCUGCUGCCAGUGUACCGAAUUCCACAAAUGCCUUUACACUGUAUAAUUUUACUUUGUACGUUGUAAUUGUCAUAGAUGGUAGAGCAUAAAUGUAUGAAUGAUGUAGG